AUGCCCCGCAAAAGCAAAAUUUUAGACGUCGUCGUUGCCUUACCACGACAAAGCGAGGCUUUCAUCUACUCGGAGAGUGUACCAAAACUACCCCUCCCUGCCUUGAAAGACACUUUGGAAACAUACCUGAGCUGUGUCAAACACCUGCUGACCGAUGAGCAAUUCCAAAAAAGCCAGGAGACGGUCAAGCGCUUUGGCGCCCCUGGAGGCGUGGGGGAGCUACUGCAACGCAAAUUGCAGGAAAAGAGAGAGAAAACAGACAACUGGGUGUCUGAAUACUGGUUGAACGACAUGUACCUUAACAACAGGCUAGCCUUGCCGGUCAACUCCAGCCCUGCCGUGGUGUUCCCGAUCCAGAACUUUACAGCACCCAUCCAUUCUCUAAGGUUUGCAGCCAACUUGAUCUCCGGAAUUCUCGAGUACAAAAGUCUUCUCGAUACACGUGGGUUACCUGCCGACCUGGCCCGAGGUCAACUUGCCGGAAGUCCUCUUUGUAUGAAGCAGCACUAUCGGAUCUUCAGCGCCUACCGUCUGCCGGGCUGUGAGAGGGACACGCUCGUGGAGCACUGCGGAAGCGCCGCGCCAGAGCCAGAACAUGUCAUUGUGGCUUGUAAGAACCAGUUUUUUGCGCUGGACGUGGUGAUCAACUUCCGUCAUCUGACCAACCGAGACCUCCUGAGUCAGCUAGAGAAGAUCGUGCAAAUGGCUGACGAUGAAGGCGACCGGCAGCCGCCGAUCGGUCUCCUCACCUCCGACGGCCGUACGGAGUGGGCGGAGGCUCGGCAUCAGCUCAUGAAAGAGUCUACCAACAGGGACUCUUUGGACCUGCUGGAGCGCUGCCUUUGUUUGGUCUGUCUGGACGGUGGCGGUCGGGGCGAGAUGACCGACAGCUCUAGGGCAGCGUCGCUCCUACACGGGAGAGGACCGGCCGCUGACGGGGCCAACCGCUGGUAUGACAAGAGCAUGCAGUUUGUUGUAGGAUCUGACAGCUGUUGCGGAGUUGUCUGCGAGCAUUCAGCGUUUGAAGGGAUUGUCCUCGUGCAGUGCGCAGAGUACCUUCUUAAACAUAUGGCGGGCAGUCCUUCAAAGUUGGUCCGCGCCGCGAGUGUGAGCAAACUGCCGCCGCCGCGACGACUCCGCUGGAAAUGCACCCCGGUCGUACAGAAACUCCUGGCCUCAUCUGCAGACAGACUCCAAAGGCUCGUGGAGAAUCUCGACAUGAACGUCUACAAAUUCCACCAUUAUGGGAAAGAAUUGAUCAAGAGCCUGAAAAUGAGUCCCGACGCAUUCAUUCAGGUGGCUCUUCAGUUGGCCUACUACAGGUGUUAUGGCAGAGUAGUCUCCACUUAUGAGAGCGCCUCCAUACGACGCUUCAGGGACGGCAGAGUGGACAACAUUCGCUCGGCCACACCAGAGGCUCUGGCUUUUGUUCAGGCGAUGACUGACAAGAACAAGAGCACGCAUGACGCAAAGACAAUGGAGCUGUUGGAAGCUGCCACAGCAGCGCAAACAAAGAAUUCCACAAAAGCUAUCAUGGGGCUAGCUAUAGACAACCACCUUCUGGGAUUACGCGAGAUGGCGCGAGACCUCAAUAUGGAGAAGCCGGAAAUCUUCCAAGAUGAAGCCUAUCGCAUCAGUAAUGAGUUCAUUCUCUCUACCAGUCAGGUCCCCACCACCGUUGAAAUGUUCUGCUGCUACGGACCCGUGGUCCCAAACGGAUACGGGGUAUGCUACAACCCUCGGUCUGACCAUUUUGUCUUCUGCGUGGCCAGUUUUCGAGAGAGUCCGCGUACAACCUCGACACAAUUUGUCCAAAUUCUAGAGCGGGGACUGUUGGACAUGCGGGACUUGUGUCACAAAGGUCAGCAACCUCGUGAACCGAGACGGGGCGCCUGCCAGGAGACUUCCUCAGUGGACUUGGGCAAGAACCAGGAAUCUCCACUUGUUCUCGUAAAGACACUAAACCAGAUUAAACAGCAGGCUGGUCGUAAAGACUAA